AUGACCCAGCUCUCCGCGCCGGACCCAACCUCUCCCCCGUCCUUCUCCGAAGACGCAACAACAUCAACAACAACCACAGCAACUCCAUCCACCACCACCAACGACACCACUCCAGCCCUGCAGCAGCAGAAACCCAACGGCGACGACGCCAUCACACCCCCGACAGACGCCGAAGUCCACGAGAUCAAAACCCACCUCGCCGCAGCCGCAACCGCACCCAUUGUUGCAGUUCCUGCUGCGCUCGCCAAGGACCCGGCCGCCGCUACCGCUGCAACGUCAGCAGCAGCAUCCAACACCAACACCACCACCUACGAACCAAAGAUCCUCAUCCUCGACGGCGACGACGACUUCCAGGAGGUUACGAGCUACUGGGAUGCUGAGGCCAUGGCUCCCUUGAACGCCGUCUCUGCGGCGGCCAUCGCGCGGCUGCGCCGCUACGUCCCGCCCCCGUUCCCCCUCUGGGACCGCCUCCCCGUCAGCCGCCGCGCCGCCGUCCUCAUCCUGCUCUACGCCGACCGCAGGGGCGACCUCCGCGUCGUCAUCACCAUGCGCGCCGCCAGCCUGCGGAGCUUCUCCGGCCACGCCGCCUUCCCGGGCGGCAAGGCGGACACCCUGCAAGAAACGCCGUACGAAAUCGCCCGCCGCGAAGCCUGGGAAGAAAUCGGCCUGCCCAUGGACGACGCCCGUAUCCCCAAACCCUUCAAGAUCGAGCCCCUCUGCUACCUCCCCUACAACCUCGCGCGCACCGAGCUCGUCGUCCGCCCCUGCGUCGCCUUCCUCCACGCCGACGAGGAGCCCGACGACCCGGAGCACCCCUCCCCGCUCGUCGAGGAGCGCAUGAUCCCCCGCCUCGACGCCAAGGAGGUCGCCGCCGUCUUCUCCGCCCCCUUCCACAACUUCCUGCGCGCCACGGACCAGGAAUCACCCUCAUCAUCAAGCACAAUCCAAAAGAAGCAGAGGCCGCUGCCCCCGGGGAGCUGGUACGAAGGCAACUGGAUCCAGUGGAAGGACCACCCCUGGCGCGUGCACAACUUCUACGUCCCCGUCGACGACCAGCGCGUCACGACGCCCGGCAACGCCAUGGACGCGGACCACCCGCAGGGCAACCUCGCCGAGAAGCUCGAGGAGGAGCAGGACCAGCAACGGAGGUUCAAGGUGUGGGGGCUCACGGCGCACAUGCUGGUCGACGCGGCGCGCAUCGCGUACGGGAAAGAGCCCGAGUUCGAGUGCAACCCGCACUUUGGCGACGAGGAGAUCAUCCUGCAGGCGGAGCGGGAGGGCAGCCUCGUUGACAAGAAGAGGAAGAGGGACGAGGGGGCGGGUGAUAAGGAUAAGGAGAAGACGGAGCCGGCCAAGAUGUAA